CAGCCUGGAUCUGGAAUGGUUCUCACAGAACUAGUAGUGUUGCACACAUUAAAGGAGGAUCCAAACCCUCAUGUGAUCAAACUUUAUGACAGCUAUGAGGAUCCGGAUUACUUCAUACUCGUCAUGGAGCGGCCUGAUCCUUGCAUGACCUUGAAUGAGUUUAUUAAACUUCAACGAGGUCUGCUGGAAUCAACAGCACGCAUCCUAAUGCGUCAGGCAGUCAUGGCUGUAAAACAUUGCUUUAAGCAUGAGACUUUUCAUACUGACCUCCACGCUGGCAACUUCCUCGUGGAUAAAAACAACAUGCUGCUGAAGCUGAUCGACUUUGGGUGCUGUGACCGAUUAAGAGACACGGCCUAUGCAUAUGAAGAGUAUUUGGGGGCACCGGCUUAUCGGCCACCUGAGGUCCGCAACAGGGGCAGAUACCACGCCAUGUCAAGCAGUGUCUGGUCUCUGGGAACUCUGCUCUAUUAUAUGGUUAAUGUAAACUUGCCCUUUCCCAAAUAUGGGCCAGUAACUGAAGGCAUGAUAAACCACGAGAAUGACUAUUUAACAAAGCGUAAGUAAACGGCACAAACACAAUAGGUCAGUUAAGUCUCUGAUCAAAUGCACAGUAUCUGUGAAAGACAGUCAGUAAACAUUAUCUGAGCAUAUGCAGGACUCAGUGCAAGGAUUAUCCCCCUGACAAAUUGUUUCAAUAUUUUUGCUUUCACUGCUAAAACAAACAUCCUGUAAUAUACCAGCAGAAAGAUGUGAUUCAUUACUACUUAGCAGUUAGUUAAACUGACUGGUCAAUGCUCAUGAUAGUUUUAUAAAAUAUGGGCAGUUUAAAGUUCUGAAAAUAGGCUG